AUGAGCAAUAAACAAUUUGAUAUUACCGUCUUUGGAGCAACAGGAUUAACCGGUAAACAAAUUGUUCGUCACUUCUAUCAACUAUCUCAAGAACGCCCUUCUCUCUAUCCUCCUCAAUUUAAGUGGGCUAUAGCUGGAAGGAGUGAAGACAAAUUACAGGCUAUAUUGAACGAGAUAGUCUCACAGUAUCCGGAGACAACCCUUUCGAAGCCCACUAUAUUGACCGCUGCUGUCACUCAGCGAGACAAACUGGACGCCAUCACCAGUCAGAGCAAAGUGCUCAUUAACGCGGUGGGACCUUUUCGAUUCAUGGGUGAAUACGUUGUGCGUUCCUGUGUAGAACAAGGAUGUGAGCCUGAAUUUGUCGAACGAAUGCAACGUACAUAUCACGAUAAAGCAGUUACAAAUCAUGCUAGCAUUGUUCACUGUUGCGGAUUUGAUAGCGUGCCCUCUGACCUUGGGGUACUUUACACCAAGAACUUGUACGCUGAACGAGGCUGGACUCCAACACAGAUUGAAAUGUUUUUAAGGAUUCACGUUGGAGAAGCUGUACAUGGAUUUGGAUCUGCCGAGCUACUGCGAGAGAUACGUAAGGCUUCAAAUUUGAAAAAGCUAGAAUAUGCUGGUCAGCGAUUAAAGUUCCAUAAGGGAGUAACCAAGGAUAAGGAAUUUGGAUAUCAUGUCCCUUUUAUCUUUGCAGACCCAUCUGUCGUCCGACUCUCCCAGCAGAUCUUUGCUACGGGUCUUGUCCGAGACAAGACGGAUCGACCUACUCCACCUACAGCCCAAUUCGCCGCCUAUUUACUCUUACCUUCUCUCUGGGCCGUCAUACUCUAUGUUAUCUACGGCUACAUCUUUUCAUUUCUUGCCACCAUACAUUGGGGUCGUCAGCUGUUACUGAAGUACCCCGAGUUCUUUUCUGCAGGGCUGUUUUCAAAAGAGCAUCCAACUCAAACUCAGUUAGAUCAGGCAUCAUUUGAAGUCAUCUUGCGUUCCAAGGGAUACGAGGGCGAUGUCUCUGUAAGCGAGCCUCCAAACAGGUCGUUGAAGGUCGUUGUGCGCGGUCCUGAGGCUGGCUAUGUGGCUACGCCUCGCAUUGUCAUACAGUGUGCAUUAGUCAUGCUCUUCCAAAAGGAACGUGUGCCACCAGGUGUGCUUACGCCCAGUACAGCAUUUUGGCAAACUGACCUAAUACAACGCCUUGGUUACGUUGGUAUUACCUUUGACAUUUCAAAUUAA